GUUAAAUGGGUAAUCUAAACAGUGAAGAGUGAAGAGGUAGAGGAAGAGAGACUGAAAAUUCUCCAUAAUAAGAGAGCAAGAGCUUCUAGUUAGCUUCGCUUUGAUGGAGUGCUCUCUUAGGCUUACAACUUCACCGCCAACCACGUCAAUAACCGACACCCGCAGGUCCAGAAACUACAAAUCUCGAACCCUUCAAGUCUCUGCAGUCUCUUACAGGGAAUUCAUCAACUUUGCCAUCGAAGAAACCAAAAGCCACACCGUUUUGGUGCCUUCUCCUCUCCAGGAAAAAUACAGGUCAGUCAUUGCCUUGGACGGAGAAACAGAGCUUCAAAUGGUAUCAUUCCAAGCUCCCAAGAUUAGACUUCUACGUAGUUUGAGCAUUGAGAAUGAAAGAAUGCAGGUUUUUGAUUUUGGUGUCUUUCCUAAACCAGAAUUUGAUGUACCCAUAUUUUGUGCCAACUUUUUCACCGCUGCUAGCAUGAACAUAAUUGUAUUGGACCUUAACCCUCUGCAUGAUGUCACAAUGCGAAGAGAUUACAAGGAAAAGUACUACAAAAGCUUAAUGCCUCUGGCUGUCAAGUAUGCUGAGCUUUUACCAUGGGGAGGAAAGCUUACAAGCGAGUCUUUGAAAUUUUUUUCACCAAUGGUCAUAUGGACCAAAUUUACUUCAAGUCAGUACAAACAUGAUAUUCUAUAUUCUGCAUUCGUGGAUUAUUACAAGGCAUGGCUUAAGCUGAUUGACCAUGCAGUGGAGGAGACAGAUGUUACUAAAAUUAUGAGCAACCGCGAAGCGCAACAUAGAUAUCUGACCUGGCGAACAGAAAAGGAUCCAGGUCACAAUGUGCUGAAAAAGCUUGUUGGGGAGAUGCUUGCAAAGGAGCUCUUGAGGGAGUUUCUCUUUCAUGGAAUAGAUGAACUAGAAAGCAAAACAUUUUUGGAUUACUUCCCAGAGUAUUGUUGCGAGGAUGGGAACAUAAAUGAGAAGCGUAGUAUCAUUGGCAAGUCCUUUGAGAAUCGCCCUUGGGAUAACGAAGGAGAGUUCAUUGGCGGCAUUUAAAAAUGACUUGGGAAAUUUCCCUGGUUUUGCGUAGUUCUUCUGUUUCGAAUUCACCAACUGCAAGGGCCUUUCGAGGUUAAGUAGACAUGAGUUGCCAACUAUUCUGUACUUGAGCUAUGCUCUUCAGAUUUAUGUAUUUAGGCAAACUUCAUGUGUCUGUGAGGUGGUUCAAUUUAUGUCCAUUUAUCACUUCAACUAGUUAGUGACUCGGGUCUAAGGUAAGAGUGUAAAAUAAAUGUUACUUUUUAAUGGUGUGGAUGAAUGAAAUGACAAGUGGGAUCCAUUGCUCUGGGGGUCU